AUGCACCGCCUUGUGGUGGUAUCGGGCUCAUCGCAUUGCGACUUUGCCGAGGUGGUGGCCGAGAGCUUGGGGCUCCACUUGCAUCCAGUGUUGCGAGCGAAAUUUCCCAAUGGAGAAAUACGGUUCGAGCUGCUCGAGUCGGUGCGGGGAGCAGAUGUCUACAUAGUUCAGACCAGCUGCGAGCCGAUUAACGACAUGCUGAUGGAGCUUCUGGUUAUGGUGCAGACGUGUCGCUAUGCAUCGGCCAACACGAUUACGGCAGUUAUGCCAUUGUUUCCAUACUCUAGGCAAGAUAAAAUGGAUUCGUGGAAGCAGCCCAUUACGGCCAAGCUAGUGGCAAAUAUGCUCUCUGUAGCUGGGGUCAAUCGUGUCCUCACCAUGCAACUGCACACCCAUCAGCUGCAGGGAUUUUUUGAUAUACCUUGCGACAAUCUACAAUCCGAUAUUGCCAUCGAAUCAUGGAUAAAACGAUUUAUCCCAGACUAUACGGAGCUGGUGAUUGUGGGCGCAGACAAAGGAGCAGUAAAAACGGCCACCCAUAUUAGCCACAACCUGGGCACUCACGUGGCUCUGUUCCAUAAGCAGAGACGGGUGGCAAGCGAGGUGCAUGACAUGAUACUUGUUGGCAACGUUCGCGGCAAGGUCGUUGUGGUUGUGGAUGAUCUAGCAGACACAAGUAAUACCCUAUGCAUAGCCGCUGAGCGUUUGAAGGAUGCCGGAGCAUCGAAAAUCUACGCAAUCAUUACUCAUGGCGUAUUUUCGGGACAGGCCCCACAGAAGCUCAGUGAAUCGUUAUUUGAGCUUGUUGUCUGCACAAAUACCAUUCCCCAGCCCACGGAAAUCGCCAACAAUCCGAAGUUUCACAUCAUUGAUGUCUCCAAUAUAUUUGCAAAAUGCAUUUGGAACAUGCACGACAGUAUUAGUGUUGCGAACGCUUUUCAAUCAGAGUCCAGCCUGCUUAACUGGCGUUUGUCCACUAAAAAAAAUACCGAUGGUGUUUCUAAUAGCGUGACAGCAGAGAAAUUUGAUAAUUUUUCACAAAACGAGUGUAACGAGUAUAAUCAAAAGUCUACUCAAACUACAUAA